UUGAAGACGUGCAUGAAUGUAGUUCAAAAUUCCCAAAAUGGACCAUUGUGAAAAGGAAAAGCGCAGACAAAAUCCGAGAGAAACCGCUAAUAUAUUUUCGUUAAUAACGUUUUCGUAUGUAGUGGGGUUGUUAAAAAGAGGAUUCAAAAGGGACCUAAACGAUGACGAUCUUUAUGAAGUUGAAAAAAGCUGCAGUUCCACUCGAUGUGGAAACAAGUUGAGCAAAUAUUGGAAUUUUGAAAAAGAAAAGAAGGAAAAGAAUGGAAAGCCGUUGUCAGUAAACGCUAUACUUUGGAGGAGAUGGGGUAAAAGAUACAUUUUAUUCGGUAUAGUGGACUUUACAUGGCAUACAACCAAUAAUGUAAUUAGACCAUAUGUACUGAGCAAUCUAAUAGGAUACUUCGUGCCCGGUUCAGUGGUAACCAAAAACGAAGCGUACGUUUACGGUUUCGUCCUGAUUUUACUUGAAUUUACCUACAUCGUUUUUAUACACAAUUACAUUAUUUGGGGCCAAACGUUCGGAACCGAAAUCAAAGCGGCCUUCUCGUCGAUGCUCUACAGAAAGGCCCUCAGACUAGGCCCCGGCUCUUCGGUGUCCUUGGGCAAUAUCGUAACGUUGAUUACCAAGGAUAUUCAAACGAUAAGGUUGUCGAUUUGGUUGUUCAAUGAUUGCUGGAUUUCCAUGUUGCAAGUGCUCAUUAUCUGUUCCAUAUUGUACUGGAGAAUCGGAGUGGCGUCUUUUGCCGGAAUCGGAAUCAUGGUUGCUGCAAUGCCUCUACAAGUAUACAUCGGCAAGUGGGUAACUACAUUAAGACUGCAGACGAGCAAGAAAACCGAUGAAAGAUUGCAAUUAACCCAAGAGAUUCUAUCGACUAUAAGAAUCAUAAAGAUAUACACUUGGGAAGAAUUCUUCACCAACAAAAUUAACAUGGCCAGAAGAAAAGAGAUUGUUAAAUUGAUACUGGGAUUUUAUCUGAAAAUCGUACUCGUCCUCGUCGGCAUUCUGUUCUCGAAAGUGGGAUUCUACGUACUAAUUUUAGCCUGCGUAUGGACGGGACGUUCCACCGACGCAUCUAUAAUUGUCUAUGCCCUGGCCUCGUUUAAGGAUCUGAAACGGUGGCUCGGCGAAUCCAUCCCUUACACAAUGGGCCAACUCGGGGAAUUCUAUUCGGCUUACAAAAGAGUUGUAAACGCUCUCGAAGCGGAGGAACUGGAAACCACUCCGCAAAACAACGAGCCUACGGACAAACCCGUGGUGGAAUUGAACAACGCCUGCGUUAGCGUAAAAAAUCACACCAUCCUGAGCGACAUAACUUUCAAACUCACCUCUGGCCUGACGCUAAUCACUGGAACUGUAGGUUCGGGAAAAACUUCCGUAUUCAAAGCGAUUUUGCAGGACUUUCCUCUAAGCCAAGGCAACCUGAAAACCGAAGGGAGAAUUUCGUAUGCUUCGCAGGAUCCUUGGUUGUUCCCUUCUUCUAUCAAACAAAACAUCUUAUUUGGAGAAACAUAUGACGAAAAAAGGUACAACGAAGUGGUAAGAGUAUGCGCCUUACUAUUCGAUUUCAAGCAACUGGAUCACGGCGACCAGACUAUAGUGACAGACAGAGGGCUGAACCUGAGCAAAGGCCAGCAAGCCCGGAUAAAUCUGGCCAGAGCUAUUUACAGGGACAGCGAGAUCUACUUACUAGACGACUGCCUGACUGCCCUGGACGCGGCUGUUCAAGAGUACAUCUUCGAGGAAUGCAUCAAAGGCUUUUUGAAAGGCAAACUGUGCGUGCUGAUAAGCCAAACGGCCAGCCACCUCUCGGAGGCCGAUACCGUCAUAAUCCUUCACAAAGGACGGAUCAAGGACAUCGGCAGCCCCGACGAGAGGAUUUGCCAGGAGGCCAAAGAAUUCGCAGUAGACGACGAUGACUUGGAGAAAGAAGUGAUCGAAGAUGGAGAAGAGAAGGAAGUCGACGAGAAAACCGGAUUGAUCGAAACCGAGCAAUUCACGGCCAAAAAGAAAAUAUACCGGGAAGUUAAAAAGGAAGGGGCCAUCGACUUUGACGUGUACAAGAAAUAUUUUAUGUACGGAGGAGGAUUUAUGCUGUUAUUAGUAAACAUAUUCAUGGGCGGUUCUACUCAAUUUGCAACUAGCUACUCCGAUAAACUGUUAACGAAUUGGAUCGAUGCGAAACAAGUUGUUUUAAGCGUUCAAGCGAAUAUAACAUCCAACUAUACCACCAGUUUGAAUUUGACAUCGGCCGUCACAGAAGAACAUUCUAUAUUUAGAAGAUAUUCCAUAUUUGUUUUGGGUUCAGUGGGCUUGGACUUGAUCAGACAUUAUCUAUUGCUUGAUUUCUGCAGAAGGGCUUCCGUAAACAUACAUAAAACUAUAAUCAAGAGAAUAAUGAACGCUGUGAUGGCGUUCUUCGAUUCUCAUUUAAUUGGAAAUGUAUUAAACCGAUUCGCCCAGGACAUGGUUAACAUCGAUGAAGUUUUACCAUACGUUUUAGAUGAUUGUUUUUCUAUCAUAUUCAGUGUUGCUGGUGGACUACUGUUAAUAUUUUCUAUAAAGUUAACUUUCAGUAUUUACGUGGUAGUUAUAUGCAUUGGGUUGUUGUUAUUGCGAAGGUUCUAUUUACCAUCAGGUCGGAGUUUAAAACGUCUCGAGGCUGCUACAAGGAGUCCAAUGAUAGGUCAUCUGAAUGCUACCCUUGAGGGCAUAACCACCAUUAGGUCUUGCAAAGUAGAGGAGCUUUUGAUUGAAGAGUAUGAUAAAUAUCAAGAUUUACAUACAUCAGCAUACUUGUCAUCAUUAACAGCGAUGAGAGCCAUCGGGUUUUACAUGAAUUCGCUUUCUACCACCUUCGUUAUAGUAGUUAUUGUUAAAUUUUUAUUCUUUGACUCAGUUGUAACAGCUGGCGACGUGACCCUUGCAUUGACUCAAGUAUUUUCCGUGUGCAGUGAGGUGCAAUGGGGCGUCAGACAGUGGGCGGAAUUGGAAAACUUGAUGACCUCUGCCGAGAGGCUCCUGGAAUACGCCGACAUUCAAGAGGAGAAAAAAGACGGCAGGAAACUGGACAAUAAUUGGCCAAGCAAAGGGGCCAUAACGUACGAAAAGGUCUCCCUAUCCUACAACGAAACCGACGAGCCGGUUCUGAAAGACCUAAACUUCGAAAUUCGUCCGGGCGAGAGUGUAGGCAUAGUAGGAAGAACUGGCGCUGGUAAAUCUUCAAUAAUAUCGACGAUAUUCCGAUUAUACGAAGUGCGGGGGAGAAUCCUAAUAGACGGCGUGGACAUAAAAACGCUCUCCUUGGACUUUUUGAGGAAAUGCAUAGCCAUCAUCCCCCAGGAUCCCAUCGUAUUCUCCGGCACCAUGCGCACUAAUCUCGAUCCCCUUAAAGAGUACACCGACGAGGAACUGUGGACCGCGCUGGAAAAAGUGGGUAUUAAGAAGCACGUCAGAAGUUUGGAUCGAAUCGUUAACAGCACCGACUUAGAAUACAGCUCGGGACAAAAGCAACUAAUAUGCCUAGCGAGGGCGAUUCUUCACAAGCAAAAAAUCAUCGUAAUGGACGAAGCAACGGCCAACAUGGACCACGAAACGGAUGUUCUUUUGAACAAACUGAUCAAAGAGAAUUUCAGCGGCGCCACCGUGCUCACCAUAGCGCACAGAUUACACACGAUUUUAGAAUGCGACAAAGUAAUGGUGAUGGAUCGAGGAGAAAUCAAAGAAUUCAACGAUCCUAAAGUGCUGCUGGACAACAAGAGUGGACGUUUCUACAAGAUGGUCGAACACGCCGGUUUACUUAAUUAUUUAAAUGAAUAGAUUUGUUCUACAUUUUUGUCGAAUAAAUUUAUCACUGUA